UUAGGGUUUCCAUGUUGUUUUGAAAAGCUCAUGGCAUGCUUAGACAUGUAUAACUCCGAGCACAAAGGUCAUCACCACUGCGCUCCCAUGAGUCCAAGAAUCUCGUUCUCAAACGAUUUUGUUGAGACUCAACAGAUACUGAAGCAAGAAAGGAGCGCAAGAGAGGCUCCAGUGUCUUCAGACUUUGAAUUUUCAGUGACAAACUAUUCCAUGAUGAGUGCUGAUGAGCUUUUCUUUAAGGGUAAGCUUUUGCCAUUCAAAGAUAAUUGUAGCAAUCAAAUGCAAAGGACUUUGAGAGAAGAGCUUCUUGUUGAGGAUGAUGAUGAUAAUAUGACGCUGAGGCCUCCAAAGGGUUCCACAAGGUGGAAGGGAUUUCUGGGGCUCAAGAGAACCCACAUUGGUUCCAAAAAAGCUGGCAAGAGUGAAGGGUCUGUGGAGAGAAUGGGUGACAGUAAAAGGUCUGGUUUUGUUCAUGAGGAGAACCAUCUUAGCAAGACUUCAGAGGACCUUUUGAGUGAAGGCGGAUCAAGUUGCAGGGACGUGGAGAUUGGAAUAUAGUAACAUUUCUUGGAGGGGAUAACUUGUAGAGAUGUGGAGUAUAUUUUGCAAAGGGAGAUUGGGGGUGGCUUUCUUCUUAUUUUGCAGGAGGUUUGGGUAAAGUCGAAGGUCUUAAAACUUGUGCUAAUGGGGUUUGUUUUUAAUCUUAAUUUCUCUUAUUUUUCUUGCCUUGGGGUUUAGUGUUCUUAUAUUUCUUUUUAUCUCUUAGGAGUUGGUGUUAAUUUGGCUGUUCUUUUGUACAAAAUGUUUGCAGUUCAAGAACUUUCUACUGUUGAGCAAUUGAUAGAUCUGUCUUAGGUCAUGGUUUUUUUGACUCGGAUCUACUCAUGUAAUUUCACUUUGACUUAAAUCUGUUCAUGUCCUUUGUACUAUCUUUUGGGAGGUAUACUAACCUUUUUUUUUUUUCAUUUUAUGCAUCUUGUUUGUGUUCGGAAUAUUGAGAUCCUUAAACCAUUAGUGAAUU